CAGAAAUCAUCACAGCAAUGCCGUUCUUAGUCUGAAACUUGAACAAUCUGACAUCGUCUCAGUUAUCAUUAAUCUCCCGCCAUUAAUACCCCCAUCAGUUUGCACAAGGAGACAUGGAUGGACCUCGCCAUCUUCAUUAAUAUGCAUUCAUGCAGCAGCAUCACAGCAGCAUGCAUGGGAGAUUGGUUCUAUACUCACCAUCACAACAAAUAUUACCUAUAGACACGUGCCACACGUAAUCUAUAUAUGCAAGGUGUGGCCACGUGGCAGACACUGAGGUCGAUGUUCUGCAGUCAUGGGAAAAGGGUCGAGAAGUUUCUUCUAUAUAUGUUCAGUCUCGUCUGGCUCCAAAAUUGAGGUGUUGAGGACCCUAGACUGAAACAUCUUUGGGAUCAUAAAUUUUAUAAUAUCUAGGAAGAUGACCCUAUAUUGCUUCUGUAAUACUAAACAAGAAAUGUUUGAAAAUUUGGCCUUCUCGAUGGAGAGUGUCGGUGGGUGCAGCAGCACAGCACCCCCUGGCAACAUGAACAUGGGAGCUACCACUCGGGAUUGGUUGGCACAAGGUGUCCGGAGCAGUUUGGCUGUCGGGUGGUGCGACUGCUGAGCACGCCCUACCAAAUUCCCAAUCACGGGUAUUCUCUUCAGCAGAAGUAUACGGCUCAUGUGGACACAGGAAGGGGACCAAAUGGGGGGAAGAUUGCCUUGGUUUUGUUGAUGGAGUGCGUGUGUUCAAAAUUGUCCUUGGCCGACUUUUCUGAUCGAGUGAAAUUUUCUUAGGAAAUAAGGGCAUGCUUUCACCAUUCACUUGCUUUGGCAAUGAUUUUAAAGUACUUGAUCAGCCUAAACUCCAAGCUGAUCAUGGCCUUCCAUGCAUGGAUGCUCCAAGGCAAAAUUCAGACUGUUUCUGUUGCCAGGAACUCUGGCACGAGUGUUCUUUCAAGAGAUGCUGCUGCUUUCUUCUUAUCUUCCUCAUGUUUAUAGUUCUGGCAGUUGGGAUGGCUACAUUAAUUGUGAUCUUCCUUUUGAAGCCUGAAAAGCCUGUUUUCUCCUUCCAAUCAAUAAGAAUGGAUUGGUAUGAGCUAGAUGCUUAUUCUGGUUCAGUCCUGUUUGUUUCAUCCGUUUUGACUUUGACCCUGAAUGCUCAAAAUCCUAACAAGGUUGGCCUAAGGUACAGUCCUUCACGGCUUAGUGUCUAUCAUGAAGGAGUGCCAAUAGGAGCAAUCCGAGUUCCAGGAUUCUUUCAGCCUGCUCACAGCAACAAUGUCAGUGUGCGAACCAGGGUUCUGUUUCAUUAUGUGAACCUCAGCCAGAUUGUUGCAGGGAAAGACAUAAUUGAGAUGAAUAUAUUAGGUGAUGUUAGAGCUCAGCUGUGGGUAUUUCACAUGACUUUGUUACGAAUGAAGGUUGCUCUAGAUUGUGACAUAGACAUUGACUACAGGGAGCUUGCAUUAAAAAACGAAGUUGAUGCCAAAAGGGUUGUUCAAAAUCAUCACUUCGCUUCUUUUCCAACCAACUCCAAAUUUAUCUUCAGGAAGUGCGCGCUAGCUUUAUACGCAUAAAGACAGCCAAGGCCCAAAGUCACAUUUGAGGGUCAGUUCCUGAUAUCAAAGAUUGAUUAUGAUGCCUCUCUAAAAAGUUUUAAUAUCAGUUGUCAAAUCCAACUAUGGAUACAUAGUACAUACAUGAACUUCUGGCCUCGUCUUCUUGUGCGCUUUCCAUCACUGCUUCUACUGUUGCACUGUAA